AUGAAUAGUCAUGCGUACCAGUGUGCCUACAUUGGCUCUGAGGUUGGAGUAGGAAUCUACAGCAUUCACCACCGCGUCACCGAGUGGCCAAAGCCCUUUCAGUUCAAUCCCGACCGGUGGCUGAAGGGAUCGGGAACUCAAGAAGUCGACGGCCGCGCGUACAUGCCCUUCUCGAUCGGAGCCCGGAGCUGUAUCGGUAAACCGUUGGCGCUGGCGCAGGUGAUGCUCACCAUGGCCCGUCUAUUUUGGGAAUUUGACAUGCGGAGGGUAGAUCGAGAUGACAGCGAAGCCAAGGAUGCUGAGUAUGUGGUGGCGGAUCAUGUUACGGCCGGCGGUCAGGGUCCCAUGCUGUCUUUCCGCCGCGGAUUUAACCCACGCCAGCGGUUAUGCGAUGGUGCUUUAAUUGUCGAUUUAGGUCCUUUUCCAACUUAG